AUGGACAAGGUGACUCAUAUUCCGGUUGUAGAGCUUAAUCAUCUACUUACCUGCCAUCUUUGCAAAGGCUACAUCAUUGACGCCACUACGGUCGUUGAAUGCUUACAUUCCUUUUGCAAAACUUGUAUUAUCAACUACCUUGACAACCAUAACACUUGCCCCGUUUGUGAUACUCUCCUUCACAAAACACGUCCCCAGUGCGCUAUCCGAUCAGACUAUGCCAUGCAGGCAAUAGUGUACAAGUUGCUUCCUGAGGUAUUCGACCGCGAAAUGGCUUCCAGAAGAAAUUUUUAUAAGUCCCUUCUCCCGGAGGAUCGCAGUCUUCUAAGCCCCGAGAAGCGCGGCGACAUUAGUCUUAACGCGUACGUGGAGAAAGAGGAGGAGCGUGUUAGCAUCGAGUUAAGUCUGUGGCGCGAUCGAUGCGGUCCGUUGCUACCGGUGGGCAUCCAGUCUACUACCUACCUUCUCUGCCCUCCUUCCCUCACCGUGGGCCAUCUGGAGAAGUUGGUUCGCCUCAAGUUCGACCUUUCGCCGACUCAGCACGCGGUGGAAUUCUUUUUUGUUGAGAAUGGUGGCGUCAGUGAAGGAGAGCAGUUCACAUCUGAAUUCACGCUCUCUGACCUAGUGUGUAUAUACUCCUGCACGCAAUCGUGGGUGCGAGCGAAGCGAAACGGCUAUGUUGGUGGCGACGCAAGGCCGAUGAAGCUCUUCUUCUCCGUCUCACCAAUUUCACCGAAAGCGGUAGAAACAGCGGAGGAGAGCGCAGUCACUGCUACCAGUGCUGUUGCUACGACCGCUGCCACAGUCGCCAGCAAUCCUAUCGCUCUGUCAACCGGAGUGCUUGUGAUUCCUGAACUUUACCUGGAGACUGCACGAAGUGGUAUUCAGGUUGUUAACGUGGAUAGCUGUCGCCAGGGCGCUGUGCGUAUUGUGGAUGAGAAUGAAGCAGAGAGAGAGUCUUCUAAAGCUGUAACUCUUGGAGAUGCUCUGGACUACGGUAGCUUCGGGCUUGCAGGCUCCUGGCUUUGGGAAGAAUGGCUAAUUUAUUCGAUGCCACAAGGGAUAUUUUAUAAUCUUCCUUUUUCCGAGGAGUAUCUUGUUGUUUUGAAAAGGUCGCGUCAUUUCACUGCUUCCGUCAGACAAACUUGCUAUUCUUGUACUUUGCUACGUAAGUAG